AUGCAGUCCAAGCCCACCCCCGAUAUCGUCCACGCGGAAAAUGUGUGCGACGAUUCCAUUCCAAAUGACAAGGCGCUUCAAGACGCCGCAACCCGCGGGCAGGGGCUGACGGGAUACGAAACCCUGACCCCGUGGGAAACGAUGAAAAAGUUCAAGGCAUGCACAGCCUACGUAUUCGUUGCUGCCUUUGCUGCUGGCGCAGAUGGCUAUCAAAUUGGACUCAACGCCGGCAUCCUCGCCAACCCAGGAUUCGUGGAGCAAUUUGCCACAGAGACAACAGCAGCCGGCAAGCCCGCCAUUGCUGCAGAUAUCAUGGCCGGCUGGGGCAGCAUCCUGCCGGUCGGCCAGUUCCUCGCCAACAUCUCGCUCCCCUUCUUGUCCGCCCGCUAUGGACGCAAAGCGGCAUUUGCAGUCUGCUGGACGUUCCUGGCCGCCAGCAUCAUAGGUGAGGGCCAGUCGCGCCGGUGGGAACACUGGCUCGUGGCCAAGAUGCUCGCUGGCAUCGGACUAGGCUGUCUUCAGUGCACGUUGCCAAUGUAUAUUGCAGAAGUCGCUCCCACGCGCAUUCGUGGCAUGGUCCUCAUGACAUACAACCUCUGGUGGACCGUUGGGACCUUCUUCGCCUACCUGGCGAUGGAGCGCCUCUCCGAGGUGGACACCCACGACUGGCUUACCCCGGUCUACUCGCAAUGGGCGCAGAUUGGGCUGAUGGGUAUUAUCUUUCUUGCACUUCCCGAGUCCCCGGCAUGGUCAGUGGGGAUGAAUCACCGCGCAACUGCUCAAAGGUCGCUGCGCCGGCUGUACAAGGGCGUCGAGGGCUUCGACGUCGACCACCAGAUUGAGGUCCUCGCCAUGCUUGCGAACCACGAGGCCGAGGUUGCUGCCACGCAGAAGCGCGAGAAGUGGUACGCUGUAUUCCGCGGCACUGACGGCUUUCGAACAAUUGUUGCGCUGUGGACCAUCGUCUCGCAGCAGUUUACCGGCCUCGUCCUCUUCUCCACCUUUGGGGCGUACUUCUUCCAGCAGGCUGGGGUCGGCGAUCCGUUUCAGAUCAAGUGCAUUACACUGGGAAUCAAACUUGUGGCAGCCAUUGCAGUCGUCUACGUUGCCGAUACCGUGGGACGGCGCCUGAUCAGCUGUACAGGGUCGACGGCCAUGUGGACGACCAGCCUUCUGGUUGGGAUCCUGGGCGUUGUCCCGCGCGUCAAGGCAGUCAAUUAUGUCUUUAUCCUAUUUGCGGUCAUCUGGAAUAUCGGCCUGACCAUGACCGGCGCAACGGGCUGGGGCUUUAUCGGCGAAAUCUCAUCGCAGCGACUCCGGCACUACACCUCGGGGGCAGCUGCUGCAGUCAACUGUGUGAUCAACAUAGCCAUGAACCAGCUGGUCCCGCACAUGGUCAACGAAACCGCGUGGAACUGGAACCUGAAGGCCGGGUUUUUCUACGCGGGCGUCGGCCUUCCCUUUGUCGUGGGCAUUUGGCUUCUGAUCCCGGAGACAGCAGGGCGGUCCGCUGCGGAGCUGGACGAGCUCUUUGAGCGCAAGAUUAAGCCGUGGCGGUUUAAGCAAACUGAGACUGCUACCCAGCGUGCUGUUGCAACUAAUCAGAUCCACGAGUAG